AUGGGGAACUUCUCCACAUGUCUUCUUCACUCUUCAGACUUGAAAGGUCUGAGAAAGAGAGCGGGUCUCACAGACAGUGCCAACUCUAUCACUUUACUUCCAGGUUUCAACUCAGUUGUGCAGUUGUUCAUGUGCGACUAUGAACGUAAAAAGCAGGAAAGUGAAAAGCAGAAUAGUUGUGGUCUGCUGAUUACAGAGAAAUUAAAAGAUGUUCCCAACUUCGUGGGGGCAAUUGCUGUCUACGAAAGAGCCGGGUCAGUAAUUCCGUACGUUUUGGCAUUUUUUAAUAAUGAACCACCUACUAACCAAGAACUUGCAAAUGCGUUGGUGAAAGCAUUCAGAGCAGCUAAUGAUACAUUUCUCGGCAUGCCGAUAGAUCCUACAAGUAUUCGGUCUGGGGAUGCCGUAGGAGUUAUACCUACAACCACAUCACCUCCGGUGUCUAGUUCAGAAGCUUCAACUACUAUGGUGAUAAACACAGGUUCCACAGUCACCUCCAGCACAGAGUCUAAUUCAGAAGCUUCAACUACUAUGGCGUUAAACACGGGUUCCUCAGUCACCUCCAGCACAGAGUCUAAUUCAGAAGCUUCAACUACUAUGGCGAUAAACACGGGUUCCACAGUCACCUCCAGCACAGAGUCUAAUUCAGAAGCUUCAACUACUAUGGCGAUAAACACGGGUUCCACAGUCACCUCCAGCACAGUGUCUAAUUCAGAAGCUUCAGCUACUAUGGCGUUAAACACGGGUUCCACAGUCACCUCCAGCACAGUGUCUAAUUCAGAAGCUUCAACUACUAUGGCGUUAAACACGGGUUCCUCAGCCACCUCCAGCACAGAGUCUAAUUCAGAAGCUUCAACUACUAAGGCAAUAAACACGGGUUCCUCAGCCACCUCCAGCAAUGGAGUAACAAGCUCAUCUGGAGCAAGUGGUAAUCCCAUACCUGGAACAAGCACAGGAUCAUCUUCCAGUGGUGCACUUAUAACGGGAACAAUGGAAACAACUGGUGUAUCCGGUACAACUUCUGAAGGCAACACCGGAACUGGUUCUGCAACGACUUCCAAAUCUGGAUUGACAGCAUCCACUUCAGGAACAAGUGGUACAGGUUCUUCUACGACUGAAUCAGGUGUCACAGCAGCUUCAUCAAAUUCCAAUACUGAAACACCAACUACUGCUGCAAUAAACACAGGUUCCACAGCCAGCUCUAAAUCUGGAUCAACCAGCGUAUCUGAAGCUCCUUCAGCUGGGGGAAACACAGGAUCUUCUGCAACUGGGGCUUCGGCAACUGAUUCAGGAGUAACAGGGACACAGGCAACCGAACUGAAAAGUACUUCUUCAACUAACUCAGGAAACGUGGUGACAACAGCUACAAGCGAUACAACUACAAUUGGUAUUGUGGCCAAAACUUCGCUACCACUCUCAAAUUCUGGUAAUCUGAGUACUCCAGCAAAUUCUGCAACUGGGGCUUCUACAAGUGGACCAAGUGUAACAGGCACAGGGACAACCAAGCCCAACUCUGAAAUAACAGCAGUUUCUACAGGGACAGGAUCAGAGACACCAACUACUGGUGCAAAAAACACAGGUUCCACAGCCAGCUCUAAAUCUGGACCAACCAGUCUAUCUGAAGCUUCUUCAGCUGGAGGAAACACAGGAUCUUCUGCACCUGGGGCUUCUACAAGUGGACCAAGUGUAACAGGCACAGGGACAACCAAGCCCAACUCUGAAAUAACAGCAGUUUCUACAGGGACAGGAUCAGAGACACCAACUACUGGUGCAAUAAACACAGGUUCCACAGCCAGCUCUAAAUCUGGACCAACCAGUCUAUCUGAAGCUUCUUCAGCUGGAGGAAACACAGGAUCUUCUGCACCUGGGGCUUCUACAAGUGGACCAAGUGUAACAGGCACAGGGACAACCAAACCUAACUCGGAAAUAACAGCAGAUUCUACAGGGACAGGAUCAACAAUAACUAAGCCAAUGUCUGAUACUGAAACACCAGUUACUGGUGCAAUAAACACAGGUUCCACAGUCAGCUCUAAAUCUGGACCAACCAGCGUAUCUGAAGCUCCUUCUGCUGGAGGAAACACAGGAUCAUCUGCCACUGGGGCUUCUGCAACUGGACCAAGUGUAACAGGGACAGGGACAACUAAACCUAACUCCGAAAUAACAGCAGAUUCUACAGGGACAGGAUCAUCAAUAAGUAAGCCAAUGUCAGCUACUGAUUUAAGACACAAGCAACUACCUGUUAUUAACCCAAUUUGUAUUUCAGAAACACCAACUACUGCUGCAAUAAACACAGGUUCCACAGCCAGCUCUAAAUCUGGACCAACCAGUGUAUCUGAUGGUCCUUCAGCUGGAGAAAACACAGGCUCUUCCAAAACUGCAGCUUCUGUAACAGGACCAAGUAUAACAGGGACGGGGACAACCAAACCUAACUCUGAAAUAACAGCAGUUUCUACAGGGACAGGAUCAGAGACACCAACUACUGGUGGAAUAAACACAGGUUCCACAGCCAGCUCUAAAUCUGGACCAACCAACCUAUCUGAAGCUCCUUCAGCUGGAGGAAAUACAGGAUCUUCUGCAACUGGGGCUUCUAUAACAGGACCAAGUGUCACAGGGACGGGGACAACUAAGCCUAACUCAGAAAUAACAGCAGUUUCUACAGGGACCGGAUCAGAAACACUGAAUACUGCUGCAAUAAACACAGGUUCCACAGCCAGCUCUAAAUCUGGACCAACCGGCCUAUCUGAAGCUCCUUCGGCUGGGAUGAACACAGGAUCUUCUGCAACUGGGUCUUCUACAAGUGGACCAAGUGUAACAGGGACAGGAACUGGGACAACAAAACCUAACUCUGAAAUAACAGCAGUUUCUACAGGGACAGGAUCAGAAACACUGAAUACUGCUGCAUUAAACACAGGUUCCACAGCCGGCUCUAAAUCUGGACCAACCAGCCAAUCUGAAGCUCAUUCAGCUGGAGGAAAUACAGGAUCUUCUGCAACUGGGGCUUCUAUAACAGGACCAAGUGUCACAGGGACAGGGACAACCACACCUGACUCUGAAAUAACAGCAGUUUCUACAGGGACCGGAUCAGAAACACUGAAUACUGCUGCAAUAAACACAGGUUCCACAGCCAGCUCUAAAUCUGGAUCAACCAACCUAUCUGAAGCUCCUUCGGCUGGGGGAAAUACAGGAUCUCCCCCAACUGGGGCUUCUACAAGUGGACCAAGUGUCACAGGGACAGGGACAACCAAACCUAACUCUGAUAUAACAGCAGUUUCUACAGGGACAGGAUCAGAAACAGCAAACACUGCUCCUUCAGCUGGGAUGAACACAGGAUCUUCUGCAACUCUGACUUCUACAAGUGGACCAAGUGUCACAGGCACAGGGACAACCAAACCUAACUCUGAAAUAACAGCAGUUUCUACAGGAACAGGAUCAGAAACACCAAAUAAUGGUGCAAUAAACACAGGUUCCACAGCCAGCUCUAAAUCUGGACCAACCAACCUAUCUGAAGCUCCUUCGGCUGGGGGAAAUACAGGAUCUCCCCCAACUGGGGCUUCUACAAGUGGACCAAGGGUAACAGGGACAGGGACAACCAAACCUAACUCUGAAAUAACAGCAGUUUCUACAGGGACAGGAUCAGAAACAGCAAACACUGCUGCAAUAAACACAGGUUCCACAGCCAGCUCUAAAUCUGGACCGACCAGUCUAUCUGAAGCUACUUCAGCUGGAGGAAACACAGGCUCUUCUGCAACUGGAGCUUCUACAAGGGGACCAAGUGUAACAGGCACAGGGACAACAGAACCAAACUCUGAAAUAACAGCAGUUUCUACAGGGACAGGAUCAGAAACACCAAAUACUGGUGCAAUCAACACAGGUUCCACAGCCAGCUCUAAAUCUGGAGUAACCAGUCUAUCUGAAGCUACUUCAGCUGGAGGAAACACAGGAUCUUCUGCAACUGGGACUUCUACAAGUGGAUCAAGUGUAACAAGAACAGGAACACCAAAUACUGCUGCAAUAAACACUGGUUCCACAGCCAGCUCUAAAUCUGGGCAAACCAACGUAUCUGAAGCUUCAACAGUUGGAGGAAACACAGGAUCUUCUGCAACUGGGACUUCUACAACUGGACCAAGUGUAACAGGGACAGGGACUGGGACAACAAAACCUAACUCGGAAAUAACAGGCGAUUCUACAGGGACAGGAUCAACAAUAACUAAGCCAAUGUCUGAUACUGGUUCCACAGCCAGCUCAGUAUCUGAACCAACCAGUGUGUCUGAUGGUUCUGCAGCUGGGGGAAACACAGGAUCUUCUGCAACUGGAGUUUCUACAGCUGAUUCAAGUGUAACAGGGACAACCAAACUGAUAAGUACUUCUCCAACAAACUCAGGAAAAGCUGCGACAGCAAGUUCAGAAACUACAACUGGUAUUGUGGCCGAAACUGCACUACCAAACUCACAUUCUGGUGAAACUGCAGACGAUAGCACGAUGCCCGUCUAUGUCAGGGUGAUAAUCGGGUUAAUCGUUGCAGGAAUCGUCCUGUUUGCCAUGGUCAUCUGUGUAGGCGCAUAUACUGGAUUUUCUUUUAAUUCAUAGAUUGGAAUAUCCAGAUGACCUCCAGGUGAAAUCAGAUGCUCAGAAAUUACAGGUCAUUCAAAUCAAGAUUUCAGUUUGUAUACCCGGUCCUAAUUUAAGCGCAGUGUGGCUCUCAGGUGCCCAAUACUAGAUCAUUGGUACUGUGUGCAGCCUGUGAUCAUAGAACAAGAUCUAGAUGCGUUAUUCAGCCAAAGGAGGCAGAAAUACAGAUGAAUAAAUCUCUGUGCCAGAUAGUCCCGUUGGUGCACAAAAUGCAAGAGAAGGAGAGACGGCAGAAGCAAAGUACCGCCAGGACAAUGUGGCAGUGACAGGGAAUUAGUCACUGGUAUCCGGCCAGAAUGAACAGUCAUUUUUUCUGUGCAGUUUUUUUGUAUUUGUUUUUCUUUACAAUGAUCAGUCAGUGUUAGAAUAAUCCAUGAAUCUGUCUCCGCUCAUAAAUUCAACCAUUAUUGGAUGUUAUGGAUGUUACGGAAUCAGAAUCGCUAUCUUGUUAAUUUAUACAAGCUAAAUAUGUAUUUUUCAUUGUGUAUUAUAUAUAAACUACUUUAUUGCUAUUAGUUUAAGCUGUAGAAACAAUAAUUAUAUCUGUUGAU